UAAAAUAAUUUAAAAUGUCAGUUAACUAUAGUGUCAUAAGUGUAUUUCAGAACACAAAUACACUUCAUAUAUUUUAUAUGACCUAGAUUGUUUAAACCAACAGCCAGGUAAUAAAACUAAAAGGAAAUAAAUACAAAUAAAUAAAAAACAUCAUAGAAAUGUCUAUGUCUAGCUGUGUAUGUUGGAAAGUUCCGGUAAUAACUUAUUAUUAAAAUUAAAUGUUGAUAAAUUUUUUAAAUUUUAUUGAGAAGAAAUAAAAAAAAGAGAAAGAGGAAAGAGAAAACAUAUAAUAAUAAAUUUCAAGGAUCAGAGUAUAUUGAUUGUUACUCUAUACAUACCGAUCGUUUAGUGAACACAAUAUUGUACGGAUUAAAAAUGGUUUGGUAAUAACAAUAACAUCAACAACUUAACUAUAUACAGUGUACACAUUUAUAAUAACAAUAAUAAUAUUAUUAUUGUUAUUGUUAUUAUUAUUAUGUAGUUACAAAGUUGUGAGAGAAUUAUUAAUCCCAUCAGCACACCAUACUUGGAGUGUUAAUUAAUAAAAGUAAAGGAAAGAAGAGGAAAAAAAGGAUUAAAUUAAAAAUGAUCAUCAGCUGAUGAGAAAUGGUCAAGAAUUACUCAAGUGUUAUUAUUCAUUAAGAAGAAGGAUGAUGAAGUACGAAUUUAUUGUGAUUACGGGCUAUGACCACUGAAAAUGGAGACGAUUCUUUGCCCACGUGGCGCUUAUGGGGCGAGGAAAAAUGCGAUGGAGUUAUUUAUACAGUGUACCUGAAAAAAGUAAGAUAUCAUCGUCCAACUCGAAGCAUUUCAGCAUCAGAUUCAGAGGAUGAAAUAUCGCAUUUAGAAUGGGAAACAGUGAGAGUAAGGUUUUUAAAAGCCGGCACAGUACAAAAAUUAGUUGAAAGUUUAGCUAAUGAUGACGGAGAAUUAGAAUCGACGUAUAUAAAUGUAUUCUUGGCAACUUACCGUGCAUUUACAACUCCAAGAGAAGUUUUAGAAUUAUUAUUAUCACGCUAUGAUGAUCUUAAUAGUGAUGGAGACAAAAGUUUUGGCCAAACAGAGGAACAGCAUCGCAAAACAUUGAUACAGGCAUUGCAUGUCUGGCUUGAUGCGUAUCCUGGUGACUGGAAUUCUCCACCGAAUUAUUCACUUCUUAAAAGAUUACUGGACUUUACGCAUCGGCGGCUGGCUGGGUCUGAACUGGAACUAAAAGCAAGGCAUCGUCUUGAUAAAUUUCAGUGUCAAGAUCAAAUAGAUAACUGUUUGGUCUAUGAUAAUGGAAGAUUGUCGCUCAAUAAUUCUACAGAUUCAUUUACAAGUGACAAUUGGUCGGGAUAUAAGUUCCCGGAAGUUCCGCAUCGUCACUUUGCCGAACAAUUGACACGUAUGGAUGCUGAUGUAUUCAAAAAAUUGAUAGCACAUCAAUGUCUAGGAGCCGUAUGGUCACGUCGUGAUAAAUCCCGUAGUCAUGAUGCUGCAACAGUAUUGGCUACUGUUAAUCAAUUUAAUGCCGUAUCAUUAAGAGUCAUAUCGACAAUACUAAUUGAUCCAACUAUAAAAUCACAAGAACGUGCCAGAAUAAUUGAAACUUGGAUAGAUAUUGCUCAAGAAUUGAGAGUUUUGAAAAAUUUUAGCAGUUUGAAGGCUAUUGUUUCGGGAUUACAAAGUAAUCCUGUUUAUCGAUUAGAAAAAUGUUGGCAAUCUAUGCCACGUGAUAAACAUGAAAUUUUUAUUGAAUUAGAAAGAAUUUUUUCUGAAGAAAAUAAUGCUUGGACUCAAAGAGAAUUAUUAAUUAAAGAAGGUACUGCUAAAUUUGCUGAUACUGCUGGUAGAAGUGAUCGACAUUUACAAAAAAUAUUUCAAAAACAAAAUACUCAAGCUGGUAAAAUAUCAUACGGAACAAUACCUUAUCUUGGAACAUUUUUAACUGACUUAACAAUGAUUGACACAGCAAUACCUGAUACAAUAGCCGAAGGGCUGAUAAACUUUGAUAAAAGACGAAAAGAAUUUGAAGUAUUAGCUCGGAUACGUUUACUACAGGGUGCAGCAAACGCCUAUAACUUUACAAAAGAUCCAUUAUUCGAUCGUUGGUUUUAUUCAAUAAUAAUAGUUGAUGAUCGUGAAGCCUACAAGCUAAGUUGUCAAAUAGAACCGCCACCAGGCGGUAAUACUUUACAAAACCGUAAAAAAAAAACUCAUCAGUGUCAUCAGGGUCAUCGUAAAAAUGAUUCACUUGCAUCAACUUCCAGUUCAAGCUCCUCACAAUUUUAUUGUGACCUUGAUUCACUUCCAAGUUCGCCUCACAAUUCACUUGAUCGUCGAACAUCACCCUCUCAAAUGUCUAGCUCGUCUUCCAGUUCGUCAUUACCUUCCUUGGACGUUAGUCUAGGCUCUGGAAUAGGAAAUAGUAAUAUUAAUAGCAAUAAGAACGAUAGUAAUAAUAAUAAUAAUUUAGGACAACUUUUAAGUACAACUAAUAAUGGAAGAAGUAGUACACCAAAUUUAAUAAGUUUAUCGAGUCCAAGUAAUUCACAUAGUAAUACGCCAGAUUUUUAUAUUAUUAAAGUAACUAUUGAAACGGAUAAUGUUGAAACUGAUGGUGUUAUUAUGUAUAAAUCAAUAAUGCUAUCGAAUAAUGAACGUACACCCCAGGUAAUAAGAAAUGCAAUGUUAAAAUUAUGUAUUGAAGGUAAUCCUGAUCAAUUUACACUUGCCCAAAUAUUACCAGAUCGUGAAAUGGUAUUACCUAAUUCUGCUAAUGUAUAUUAUGCUGUUAAUACUCAGCAUAAUCUUAAUUUUAUUUUAAGACCACGUAAAGAUUUAAAUGACAGUAAAACUGAGAGUCCAAAGGGUAAAUCAAAUACUAAAAGAUGAUAAAUAAUUAUUAUUAUUAUUAUCAAUUAAUAA